CUCUAGGGCCUAUCCCCUUCCAGAUGGCGCCAUUUGAAAUCUGAAUGCCCUUCUAAAUACGCCAUCACUAGAGCCUGUCUACAAUUACUAGCUUGGAACCAGAGAGCUAGCUCAAGAACUGAACUCAAUGGGCAAUCUUUCUUCUUUGCUCGUUAUUCCAAAUUUUAUCUUUUUAUUCUUCUUUAAGUCCUCAUUUGGUGUAGAGAGCAUUACUCAAACCCAAUCUUUAAAUGAUGGCAAGACCUUAGUGUCCAGUGAAGGAAGCUUUGAACUGGGUUUCUUCAGUCCUGGAAGUUCCAAGAAUCGUUACUUGGGAAUUUGGUAUAAGAGUAUCCCGGUUAAAACUGUGGUUUGGGUUGCAAACCGAAUCAGCCCAAUCAACGACUCUUCUGGCAGUUUGAUGAUAAACAACACAGGCAGCCUUCUCCUGCUCAGUCAGAAUAAGAUGGUUGUUUGGUCCACAAACUCUUCGAGACAAGCUCAAAAUCCGUUGUUGCAACUGUUAGAUUCCGGAAAUCUUGUCCUAAGAGACGAGAAAAAUGCCAAUCCAGAAGACUAUCUGUGGCAAAGCUUUGACUAUCCAACUGAUACACUGUUGGCAGGGAUGAAGCUCGGAUGGGACUUAAGGCGAGGUCUUAACCGGCGACUAACAGCAUGGAAGAAUCGGGAUGAUCCGUCUCCUGGAGACUUCACUUUUGAGUUAGAACUUUACAGCUACCCAGAAUCAUAUAUUUGGAAAGGCUCGGUAAAAUACUAUCGCACGGGCCCUUGGAAUGGCAUCGGAACCAGUGGAGCACCUUCAUUCAAGCCAAAUCAGCUUUACGAAUACAAAUUUGUCUCUAAUGAAGAUGAGGUCUACUACACGUACAAUCUCAAAAACAAGGCUAUGAAGACAAUGGCAGUUCUGAACCAAAGCAACUAUGCUCCCUUUCAACGCUGCGUAUGGUUAGAAUCAGAAAAGACUUGGGAGACCUACUCAGCAUCUCCUAAAGACCACUGUGACAGUUAUAACCUCUGUGGUGCCAAUGGAAAUUGUUUGAUGACAGAGUCUCCCGUCUGUCAAUGUUUAAAAGGAUUCAAACCUAAGUCGCAAAAGAACUGGGAAUUAAUGGACUGGGCUCAAGGAUGCGAACGCAACACACCUUUGAGCUGUCAGGACAAAUAUAAGGACGGAUUUGUAAAAUAUGUUGGCUUAAAAGUCCCAGAUACUACACAUUCGUGGGUGAACAUAAGUAUGAAUCUCAAGGAAUGCAGGGUAAAAUGCUUGAACAACUGUUCUUGUAUGGCUUAUACAAACACAGAUAUCAGAGGAAGAGGCAGUGGCUGCGUCAUCUGGUUUGGUGAUCUACUAGAUAUUAGGCAGUUUCCAACCGGUGGGCAAACUCUAUAUAUUCGAAUGCAAGCUUCCGAACUAGAGCUGGGAGAUGGUCGUAAGAAGAGGAUGGCAGCGAUAGUUGUGGCAUCCGUUGCAGUUGUUUCUGGGAUGCUUUUGGUGAGCUAUUACAUUUGCAGCAGGAAAAGAUUAAAAGAGAAAAGUUUAUUAAUUGGUCAGAACAGGGAAGUCCAAGAGGAAGACAUGGAGCUUCCAGUGUUGGACCUAUCCACAAUUUCUAGAGCCACUGAUGGCUUUUCAGUCGCCAACAAGCUCGGAGAAGGUGGUUUUGGACCCGUAUACAGGGGUGUACUAGCAGAUGGACAAGAAGUUGCUGUGAAGAGGCUUUCGAGAAUCUCUGGACAAGGACCAAAUGAGUUCAGAAAUGAAGUGAAACUGAUUGCCAAGCUUCAGCACCGAAAUCUAGUAAAGCUUCUCGGCUGUUGUAUUGAGGGAGAAGAGAAAAUGCUGGUUUAUGAAUACAUGCCAAAUAAGAGCCUGGACUCUUUCCUAUUUGAUCAAACAAGAGGUAGAGUAUUGGAUUGGUCUAAACGCUUCCAAAUCAUAUGCGGGAUUGCUCGCGGGCUUCUCUAUCUUCACCAAGAUUCCAGAUUGAGGAUUAUACACAGAGAUCUCAAGGCAAGUAAUGUUUUGCUUGAUAGUGAGUUGAAACCUAAAAUUUCAGACUUUGGCAUGGCUAAAACUUUUGGAGGGGAUCAAACAGAAGGAAACACAAACAGAGUGGUUGGCACUUAUGGCUAUAUGGCGCCAGAAUAUGCUUUUGAUGGACUAUUCUCAACAAAAUCAGAUGUUUUCAGCUUUGGCAUCCUUUUGCUGGAGAUAGUCAGCGGAAAGAAAAGUAGAGGGCUGUAUAAUCAAGACCACAGCCUCAACCUCAUAGGAUAUGCAUGGAAACUGUGGAAUGAAGUCAGGCCCCUGGACCUGCUGGACGCUUGCUUGGGGGACUCAGUCUCCAUGUCAGAGCUGUUGCGCUGCGUGCAUGUUAGUCUCUUAUGCGUGCAGCAGCGACCGGAGGAUAGGCCGGGCAUGUCAUCUGUUGUUCUAAUGUUGGGGAGUGAGAUUGAAUUGCCGCAGCCCAAAGAACCUGGUUUCUUGAUGGAAAAGUAUUCGCGCGAGACAUUUUCUUCCACAAGUUACAAGUAUGAAUCAUCUUCAACCAACGAAAUAAGCAAUUCAAUAUUGGAGGCUCGAUAAGGAUUGUAUGCUCGGGCGUCUGAUCCUGCAUCACCUAUCCACAAAAUAUUGUAAUGAUCACUAGUAACCUUGUUCUAGGCUGAUAAAUGGGGUAGAUUUUAUUAACUUUAAAGUACAGAAGGGAAGCUUAUGGACUCAUGAGAUAUAUCCAUAUGCUGAUGUAUAUUAAGAUAAACGUGUAAUCUUAUAUUUUCUUCAAAGAAGAAGAUGAUAACCCUACUGUUAUUGGUAAA